AUUGGCUUGAGGCUCACUUCCGGCUCCUCACGUCCGCGCAGGGCAGGCAGUUGCGGGCAGCAGCCGGGUCCGCGUGGGCUUUCGACACGCCUCAGGGCUCGCAGCCGGCGCGGCUAUGAACUUCUCAGAAGUGUUCAAGCUCUCCAGCCUGCUCUGCAAAUUCUCCCCGGACGGCAAGUACCUGGCUUCCUGUGUCCAGUACCGGCUGGUUGUCCGGGAUGCGAGCACCCUGCAGAUCCUGCAGCUGUACACGUGCCUGGACCAGGUCCAGCACAUGGAGUGGUCAGCAGACUCCCUCUUCAUCCUGUGUGCCAUGUACAAGCGGGGGCUGGUGCAGGUUUGGUCUCUGGAGCAGCCGGAGUGGCACUGCAAAAUCGACGAGGGAUCGGCAGGGCUGGUGGCCUCGUGCUGGAGCCCGGAUGGGCGCCACAUUCUGAACACAACCGAAUUCCACGCCCCGAGUGGAGUCACCAACACCACAUGCAGCAACAGAAGACAACCCUGUCUGGGGGUCCAUCUUCCCCGCUGCAGCAGCACCGAGUGCCUCUGUGGUCACAAGCUGCGCAUCACGGUCUGGUCCCUGUGCACCAAGUCUGUGUCCUACAUCAAGUACCCCAAAGCCUGCCUGCAGGGAAUAACGUUCACAAGGGAUGGCCGCUACAUGGCGUUGGCCGAGCGUCGGGACUGCAAGGACUACGUGAGCAUCCUGGUGUGCAGCGACUGGCAGCUCCUGCGGCACUUCGACACUGACACGCAGGACCUGGCCGGCUUGGAGUGGGCCCCCAACGGCUGCGUGCUGGCAGUGUGGGACACCUGCCUGGAGUACAAGAUGCUGCUGUACUCCCUGGAUGGCCGCCUGCUCUCGGUGUUCUGUGCCUACGAGUGGUCCCUGGGCAUCAAGUCUGUGGCCUGGAGCCCCAGCAGCCAGUUCCUGGCAAUCGGGAGCUAUGACGGAAAGGUGCGGCUCCUGAACCACGUGACCUGGAAGAUGAUCACGGAGUUUGGGCAUCCUGCAGCCGUCAACAACCCCAAGACAGUUGUGUACAAGGAAGCCAAGAAGAGCCCGCCGCUGGCGCUGGGCCACCUGUCCUUCCCGCCGUCCCGAGCAGGCGCCUGUCCCCUCACUGCCACCGCGGAGAGCAGAUAUGAGGUCGCCUCUGUGCCCGUCUCCCUGCAGACCUUGAAGCCAGCCGCUGACAGGGCCAACCCCAGGAUGGGCGUAGGGAUGCUGGCCUUCAGUGCUGACAGCUACUUCCUGGCGACAAGGAAUGACAACGUCCCCAACGCCAUCUGGGUCUGGGACAUUCAGAAGCUGAGGCUCUUUGUGGUGCUCGAGCAGCUGUCCCCGGUGCGCUCCUUCCAGUGGGACCCGCAGCAGCCACGGCUGGCCCUCUGCACGGGGGGCGGCAAGGUCUACCUGUGGUCACCGGCGGGCUGCGUGUCGGUGCAGGUGCCUGGGGAGGGUGACUUUCUGGUGCUUUCUCUCUGCUGGCAUCCAAGUGGGGACUCCCUGGCCCUCCUAAGUAAGGAUCACUUCUGCCUCUGUUUCCUGGAGACCAAGGAGGGCACCGGGGCAGCCGCAGGACUGCGGGACGGCCACGUGUAGGACCUGCUGGAGGCCGAGGCGUAGCACCUGGCACACCCCGACACGGGAAGGCAGUUGCAGCCACCUCGGGGCAGAGCCUCCACUGGAUUCUAGUUUUCUACA